CUCCGAUUACCGUAUUUAUUUAUUCAUUUUUAUUAUUUAUUGAAAAAUCGUCAUCAAUCAUAUGUUAUGUUGAUGAAUUAAUCCAUUAACCAAAACUACCUGACCAAAAAAAAUGUUAAGCAAUAAAGAAAAACGAUUAUCGCAUGCAGCACCAAUAUCAGUUAAUGAGGCAUUUAAUUUUCCAUCAAAUGCUGCAAUCAUAUCGAACCAUAUAAAACCUCCUAAUUAUGGCCUAAUUAACACUCAUCAUAGCAAUGUUCCAAAUCCAUCAAUAAAUCAUAUGAAUGCACCGAUAAAAGAUCCACAUCUAAAAAAACUUGCACAAGAACAUCGAAAUAGUCAUAGUUUGAAUCAUGAUUUUUCACAGCUGUAUAUAUCGAAUCUAAAAAAUCAGAUUGAAAGUCACACAACAACAUCUGGUAUCAAACAUAGAGCCAUUGAUUCUAAUCGUAACUUUGAAGAAAUGAAUUCAUACAAAAAAGAAGCACAAGAAUCGAAAAAACAAAUGUUUCAAAUGGAAAAGUCGAUAAGUUUUUGGAGUGAAUGUACGGAAUAUUGGCGCAAUAAAUGGCGCAAAACACGUGAUGAAAAAAUUAAAUUAAGAGAAGAAGUGAAACAACUUCGUUCGAGAAUCAAUAAACUUGAACAUCAGCUAAAAACAUCCGAAGAGAAAAGAAUACGAUUAGGUAAUGAAGUUAAUUUUUUGAAUGAAGAAUUAUCACGUUACAUGUAUCGAUAUGAAGAUGAUGCAUCGGUUAAUAGAAAGAAAAAACCAACAACAUCACAACAUCCGAUCCAGUAUAAUUCGGAUCGUCGUGUUGAUUAUAGAAAAAAACAAAGACGAAAAAUUCAAAACAUGAUUGCUAAUAACUCAAAAUUAAAUACUAAUCAGACAACUAUUUCACAGAAUAUUGAAUCUUCCAGUAGCGAUUCAGAAAAUCAAAAUUAUCAUAAUGCUCAAUCACAUCAUUCAUACACAACAGUGCAACCACCACAAUCGCAACAACAGCAACAAAGACAUUAUGAUAUUGAUCAAAUAAAUAGCCUGGGCAAAUUAUCAUCGAAUGCAAAAAUCAUAUUUCGUCAUCAUGAAAGACUUCUCGACAAACGAAUCAUGAACAAAAAACGUUUCUCACAAGUAGUCAUGUUAGAUGAGGAUGAAAUUUUCCAAAUGAACAAAGAUAUUCCGUCAUCGAAAACGAAUGCAACGAUAAACGAUGAUAACGAUACGUUAAAAAUUAGCCAUUGUAGUAUACUUCAGCAAUCCGAUCUCAAUGAUACAUUGAAUACUUACACAAAUAGCCAUAAACAUCGUUAUAUGGAUUAUUUAGCUGAAGAAGAAGAAGAUUCAUUUGAUGAUCGAAUAAAACCUGGACAAUUUUUUAGCGAUGAUUUAGAUUUAGAAUCAACCGGAAUUGGUUCAUCGAAUACAAAUAUUGUUGCAUCGACGAACAAUAUAGCUGUAAAUAAUAAUAAUAAUAAUAAUAGUUUGGAAUGUUUUCCAAAAGCUGAAUCAUCAAUCAGUCAAAAUGACGAUGAUGAAAAAAAGAAAGCGAAUGAACAGAAUAAUGAUGAUGAAAAAAAAUCGAACAAAACUUUCGACGUUAUUAAUAAUGAUGCUCUUAAGCCAAAAGAAUCGGACACAAAAUGUGAAACCGACGACGAUGAUGAUGAUGAAGUUUAGUGCUUGUUAGCUUUUUGAUUUAUCUGUGAUUGUACAUUUCCAUUUAACUAAUAAUUUAGAUUCAAAUCGAUGUUUCUUUUUCUUACAUUUUUUUGCUGCUGCCAUAGAUUUCAUUUUUUUUAUUCUGUU